GCCCUUGUCCCUGACGCUGUGGCCCUGACGCUGCUGAGGAGACUCUAGGUGCUGCUGGCAGUGGCGUCCCUCCUGGGCCUGAGCUACAGCAGACUCAACACCAGCACAUUCUUUAUAAACUUCAAAAUGGGAUCCUCUAAGAAGGUUACUCUCUCAGUGCUCAGCCGGGAGCAGCCAGAGGGGGUUGGAGCUCGUGUCCGCAGAAGCAUUGGCAGACCCGAGUUGAAAAAUCUGGAUCCAUUUUUACUGUUUGAUGAGUUUAAAGGAGGAAGGCCAGGGGGGUUUCCUGAUCACCCACAUCGAGGUUUUGAAACAGUAUCUUACCUUCUGGAAGGGGGCAGCAUGGCCCAUGAAGACUUCUGCGGGCAUGUUGGUAAACUGAACCCAGGAGACCUACAGUGGAUGACUGCAGGCCGGGGCAUUCUGCAUGCUGAAAUGCCCUGCUCAGAGGAGCCAGCCCAUGGCUUACAGCUGUGGGUGAAUUUGAGAAGCUCAGAAAAAAUGGUGGAGCCUCAGUAUCAGGAGCUGAAAAAUGAAGAGAUCCCGAAACCCACCAAGGAUGGUGUGACAGUUGCUGUCAUUUCAGGAGAAGCCUUGGGAAUAAAGUCUAAAGUUUACACACGCACACCAACCUUAUAUCUGGACUUCAAGUUGGACCAAGGAGCAAAGCAUUCCCAGCCUAUUCCUAAAGGAUGGACAAGCUUCAUUUAUACCAUCUCUGGAGAUGUAUAUAUUGGGCCUGAUCAUGAUCAACAAAAGAUAGAACCCCAUCACACAGCAGUGCUUGGAGAAGGUGACAGUGUCCAGGUGGAAAAUAAGGACCCCCAAAGAAGUCAUUUUGUCUUAAUUGCUGGAGAGCCAUUAAGAGAACCAGUUGUUCAACAUGGUCCCUUUGUGAUGAAUACCAAUGAAGAAAUUUCUAAGGCCAUUCUUGAUUUCAGGAAUGCAAAAAAUGGUUUUGAGGGGGCCAAAACCUGGAAGUCAAAGAUUGGAAACUAAUGAAGAAUUGAAAUUCUGCCAUUUGGAUGGACCGACCAUUCAGUAUAUUCAAUUUCCAAAGCUGGCUUAGCUGGUGCUUCUAAAGAAUUUCACAUUAAGCAGGGUGGUGGUGGCACAUGCUUUAAUCCAAGCUCUUAGGAAGCAGAGACAUGCAGAUCUCUGAGAUCAAGAUCAUCCUGGUCUACAGAGCUAGUUCCAGGAUAGCCAGGGUUACACUAAGAAAACCUGUCUUGAAAAAUGAAAAAAAUUUAGAAAAAGAAUUCCACAUUAAAAUGAAAAGAUGGAUUUGUAGUGAGUCACCAGAAUGCAUUAUAUACAUGUAUGAAAUUGUCGAAGAACAGAUUUAACUAUUUUGAAAAGAAAAUGUACAAACAAUAAAAACUGGUAGUAAUACAUGCAAAUAAUUCCAAUUGUUGCUUCUUUGAAAAUCAAUGUUCUUCAUUUUGAUGCAAAUUAUUAAGCUCUUAUUAAAA